CCUGGCAAUGGGUAAAGAGAGGACAUAGUUUCUACUAUGUGAAUUUGUCUUCUCCUCCUGUUCUGGUCUCUCAUCUCUUCCAGUAUGGUGUGUCUGUGGCUCCCCAGAGGCCCCUGUGUGGCAGCUGUGGUCCUGACGCUGAUGGUGCUGAGUCCUCCCGUGGCGUUGGUCAGGGACCCUCGACCUCGGUACUUGCAACAAGGUAAAUGUGAGUGUCAUUUCUACAAUGGGACGCAGAGCGUGCGGUAUCUGGAGAGACACAUCUACAACCGGGAGGAGUUCAUGCGCUUCGACAGCGACGUGGGCGAGUACCGCGAGGUGACCGAGCUGGGGCAGGGCAUCGCCGAGUACUACAACAGCCAGAAGGAUUACCUGGAGCAGACACGGGCCUCGGUGGACAAUUACUGCAGACACAACUACGGGGUUUUCGAUAGCUUCAUUGUGCAGCGGAGAGCUGAGCCCAAGGUGACUGUGUACCCGACAAAGACGCGGCCCCUGGACCACCACAACCUCCUGGUCUGCUCUGUGAGCGGCUUCUACCCCGGACACAUUGAAGUCAGAUGGUUCCGGAACGGCCAGGAGGAGAAGACUGGGGUCGUGUCCACCGGCCUGAUCCGGAAUGGAGACUGGACCUUCCAGAUCCUGGUGAUGCUGGAGACGGUUCCUCAGAGUGGAGAGGUUUACACCUGCCAGGUGGAGCAUCCCAGCCUGACCAGCCCUGUCACAGUGGAGUGGAGGGCACAGUCCACAUCUGCACAGAACAAGAUGCUGAGUGGAGUCGGGGGCUUUGUGCUGGGUCUGCUCUUCCUCGGGCUGGGGCUGUUCAUCUACUUCAGGAACCAGAAAGGACAGUCUGGACUUCAGCCGACAGGACUCCUGAGCUGAGGAGAGGUGACAAGGCUGAAGGAAGGAGCUCCCCUGUCUCCAUGGCAUGAAAGCGUGUCCUGUCUGGUUCGCAUUCCUCCACUGACACUGCUUCCCCAGGACCCGGCUCCUCCUGACUCUGGACCCUGCAGACCUGUGCUCCCUGAUGGUCUGCUCAGCCCCUGCCUGGGCCUGCAGCCCCAGGACAGAAGGCCUCUCCUCUUCCCUGUCCUGCCCCCGUGGAUUCCCCUGCCCUUUGUCUGGUGCAUCUGAGCCCAUCCUGUGACACUGUCCCUUAUCACGUUUUUUCCUCAAAUAAGCAUGCAGUUUUAAGGACAAGAUGUAGAAAACAGAAAGGAAAGAUUACAUCACCACAACAUAGCUUUCAUUUAGUUACAAGUAUGUGAGGUAAUGCACAUGCUGAAUUCUGAAUUCAGACAUUCCGAGUGUGUGUGUGUGUGUGUGUGUGUGUGUGUGUGUGUGUGUAAAUCAAACACAAUGUUCUACAUUGUAAUUACAUAUAUAU